AUGGCAACAAAUACAGAUGCUAUGCUCACGAGAAUAGAUACUGAAAUUAAGGAAAACAAGUUUUACGAAUCGAUGCAACACAUUUUAACAUUCGUGAAAAGAAAUGCUUUGAGGAAAAAAUAUAACGAAUCUCUUGAGACAUUAUACAAAUAUGCUCUUGUUUACUUAGAAAACAAUCAAUACGUAUUAUCUGGAGAGUUAAUGGACGAAUAUGUUAAAGUUGCCGAAUCCGGUUCAGUAGCCCUUACACCUCAGAUGGUUACAAAUUUUGUUUCAGUUUUUGAAACACCCUGGAAGACAUCUCCACACUCUUCCGAUUUUAAUAAAAGCAAGGAAUACCAAUCUACAAUGUCUCUAUUUACAAAAUUUAUGAACAGAGCCAUCUUAUACAGUAAAUCUGUUGAAUUCCCAAAUGGCAAUCCAGAAUUACACAAAUCGCUCGGAUCAUUCUAUAAACAAGAUAAACAGUAUAUUAAAGCACAGGCCAACUUGGUGUAUUCCCAGGAUGUAGAGUUACUGUUUGAAUCGAUCAAAGAAUGGAAAGAGGAGGAAAAUAGGUUGGAUGGUGAUUAUUACUACUUGAGAGCAGUUUUGAUGCUUUUAGCAUCUAGAGACGUCUUAAACGCAAAGUGUUUUGUAUAUAUGCUAGAUUGCAACUUGGAAGAUCCAAAGACUCCGGUUCAAAUAAGAGUUGCACACCUAUUAAGUGAGUCAUGUGACCCUCCUGACCCGAACAAGUUUCAAGAUAUAUGUGAAAAAUACAGUGAAUUGUUUAACGCGGACAAGGAGUAUUCGAGCUUAUUGAAAUCGGUAAAACACAACUAUUUUAGAGAUACCUUCAAUCCAGGAAUGAAUAACCAGCCUGGAGUUGAAAACGCACUUUCAGGUUUCCUCAGAGCUUUUAUGUAA